AUGGCGGCGAGUAACUAUUAUGGCUUUGCGCAAGGCGUCGGCUCGCAGUACAGCAUCCCGCCUCCGUCAACUUUUCCCCUCCCCGCUGCUGGAGCCAGCUUGUCCACACAGCCUGCUCCUGGACUGGGCCCGGCCCUGAUCCCAUUUCCCGAGGCCGCCCAGCCCCCUGGGCCAGGAUACAGUGGGUACCAGCCCCACUCCGGUCAGGACCUCGGUUAUAGCACCCAACCCCAGGAGCCUAUGCCAGCUGCCACCACGGCACCCUCCUACCAGGACAGUUACAGCUAUGGACUGUCAACAGCCACCAGUGGCUACGAGAACAAACAGUACCCACCAUCUAUGGCCGGCCAGCCUCAGCUCCCAGCCGCGGCCACGCUCUGCCCGCCAGGGACCCAAGGAGCCUACGGGGGCGGUGGGUACGGCCAGGCACAGCCCCUGCCACAGAUGCCCACCGCCGAGGCAGGGCCGCCAGCCAGCGUCGCCUGCUCCAGCUACACCUAUGCCCCAGCGAGCGGCGCCCAGCCCAUGGCCUCCUCCGUCCCCACCCUGCCGGCCUCGUCAUCCUUCAGCGCAGCCUCCGCCCCGUACACGGGGCCAAGCUACCCGAGCUAUGACGCGUCCUCCUACUCCGUGGCCCGUCCUUACUACCCACCGCUACUCACUCCACAGAUGCAGCUGCCGCCGCCGCCACCCCCACCCCAGCAGCCCCCCGCACCCCCAAAGCCUGUGGAGUCAUCCCAGUGGGGUGGCCCAGGAGGCAGUCCCAGUGCCAGCUGUGCCAAUAGCAUCGCCAAGAAGCUUCCAGUUCCCAGCAAGCUGCCAAGACCCCGGAUCGGACCCCAGCCGCUCCCGCUUCACUACUGUGACAUCUGCAAGAUCAGCUGUGCUGGCCCCCAGACGUACCGUGAGCACCUGGAAGGACAGAAGCACAAGAAGAAAGAGGCAGCUCAGAAGAUGGGCGUCCAGCCCAACGGCAGCCCGCGGGGGGUGCAGGCGCAGCUGCACUGCGACCUCUGUGCCGUGUCCUGCACUGGGGCAGAGGCCUACGCCGCCCACAUCCGGGGGGCCAAGCACCAGAAGGUCUUCAAGCUGCACACCAAACUGGGGAAGCCCAUCCCCACCAUAGACCCCGCACCGGCCAACCCCGGCUUGGCCCAGGCCCCCAGCACCAGCCAGCCGGCCUCCACCCCCGUCACCGUCACCGCAGAGAGCACCCCCGCAGCCUCAGCCAAGCCCGUGGCCCCCGCCAGCCCCAGCGUGUGUGCCCCGAGCAGGCCACCACCGCCCAGGAGACCGGCCACCUCGAAGGCCUCGCGUGUGGGGCCUCCUGCACUGCCAGCAACUGACUGCAGACCCCUCCAUGGGAAACCCGCACCCCCCAGAUCGGAGCGGCCUGGGGAGCCGUCCACCCGAGGAGGCUCCGCGGAAGCUUCUGGAAGCAGCUGUGAGGGGCAGCCGGUGGGCCCAGGCUACGUGGAGGAGGUGUGCAACGAGGAGGGCCGGGUGAUCCGCUUCCACUGCAAGCUGUGUGAGUGCAGCUUCAACGACCUCAACGCCAGGGACAUGCACGUGCGGGGACGGCGGCACCGGCUGCAGUACAAGAAGAAAGUGAACCCUGACCUCCCGAUCGCAGACAAGCCCAGCACACGGGUGCGCAAGCUCGUGGAGGAGACACUGCGGAGGCAACGGCAGCUGACCAAGAGGCGGCUGGGGGAGCUGCGGCGCUGGCACAACGAGACGAGGCGCUACGACUUGUGCAGGAGGCGGCUGGAAGAGGGGCCGCCUGUCCCGGACUCACACUCAGGACGCCCUCUGCCUGACCAGCACCUGCCUGCCCUCAGGAGUCGGCCAGGGGCGCCUGCAGCCAAGCCUCUGCCCACCAGGCGGCCAGAGUCCAGCGACGACCGGCAUGUCAUGUGUAAGCACGCAGCCAUCUACCCAACGGAGGAGGAGCUCCUGGCCGUUCAGAAGGCCGUCUCCCAUGCGGAGCGUGCCCUCAAGCUGGUGUCUGACACGCUGGCUGAGGAGGACUCUGCCAGCCCGGAGCCCGAGGGCGGGGACCACAGCCGCCCCAGCUCCUCGGCCCGGAUCCUGAAAGGCGUGAUGAGGGUCGGCCUCCUGGCGAAGGGGCUACUCCUGCGGGGAGAUCGGUCGGUACAGCUGAUCCUACUCUGCUCCCAGAAGCCCACCCGCGCCCUGCAGCGCAGAGUCGCCGAGCAGCUGCCCCUCCAGCUCCCGGUGGUCACAGACGACAAGUACGAGGUGUCUUCUGACCCGGACGCCAGCAUCGUCAUCUCCUCCUGCGAGGAGCCCCGGAUACAGGUCGCUGUGUCCAUCACCUCGCCCCUGAUGCGGGAGGACCCCUCUGCAGACCGAGAAGGAACCGAGGUGCCUCCGCCGGACCCAGGAGAUGUCCUGAACCCAGAGAAGUGCCUCCAGGCACUGGCUGCUCUCCGCCACGCCAAAUGGUUCCAGGCGAGAGCCAGCGGCCUGCAGCCCUGUGUGAUCGUCAUCAGGGUCUUCCGGGACCUCUGCCAGCGCGUGCCCACCUGGGGGGCCCUGCCGGACUGGGCCAUGGAGCUGCUGGUGGAGAAGGCCCUGAGCAGCACCAAGGGGCCCCUGAGCCCCGGGGAUGCUGUGCGCCGAGUCCUGGAGUGCGUGGCCUCGGGGACGCUCCUCACAGAUGGGCCCGGGCUCCAGGAUCCCUGUGAGAGAGACCAGAUGGAUGCCCUCGGCUCCAUGACCCUCCAGGAACGAGAAGACAUCACAGCCAGUGCCCAGCACGCCCUGCGCAUGUUGGCGUUCCGGCAGAUCCACAAGAUCCUGGGCAUCGACCCGCUGCCGCCUCCCAGAAUCAGACUGGGGGCACGCUUCCGGAAGAGGCCACGGGAGGCAGGCGAGCCAGAGGCCAAGGGAGGCGGUGACCAGAGGAAGCGGCCUCGCCUCCCCAACGGGACCUGA